AUAACCUUGAAAGCGCAGCUUCUAGUUGUAUUUUGUCUGUUGUCGCUUGGUUCAGUGUACGUGUUUCUCUUUAAUUCCCUAAGUCGUCAUUGUAUUUACCUAAUUGAAGUAUCUUGUUUGCAAUUUCUUGAACUACUUGUUUUUGAUUAUCAUAUAAAACUGUUUAUGUUGAUGAAAUAACUUUUGUGUUCGUAAAUUAUCCCGUAGUGUCAAAUUUGUCUGUGAUCUAAAACAAUAUAAAAUGUAAGAUCAUACUGCAACCUCAGGAUUGAGGCAGAAUGAGGUAACCGGCGAAAUCUAUGCUCACGUCUUUCUUUUCCUAAUCAUGAUUGAUAGUAAAAACGGUAGGAGGUGAACGUUGGACAAAUGCUUCUUAUAUACUUUCCAUAAGAUAAUAUAUCAUCAAACCCUAUUAUAAUGGUGCCAAAUAGAGUGAAAAUAACUAUGAAAGUCUUUUCUAAGUCAAAUCUGCAGCGACAACCACGUCGUUGUUGUGUUGCUAACAAUAUAUAAUUAACUUAUCCUAUGUCGAUAGAUAACUUGGUUUUAAAAUAAUAAGUACAUUUUUUGUCUAAAAAAGCCUGAAAAUGUCGAUCAAUUGGUUUAAUCAGUAAAUCAUACGUAGUUUACCCUAAGUUCACUUUGUUUGGUAAUAAUCCCAGUUAAAAUUUUAAGAUUAUGCUUUACAUGUGCUUAGUUACUAGUUUUUUAUUUUUCUUUCCGAGGAGCUGAUCUCCAAGUAGACUAGGAAGCUCAGGACCAUGGUCAAACCAGAGCCUUCCGCGAUAAAAUUAAUCCUGUGACUGACAUCCUAACAUGUCUACCAAAAUUACAUCUUUUUCUGUGAUGAUUUUAAGUGGUUAUCGGAUUUCUAAUCAGAUUCCCAGUGAAACAUUGGAUUGAAUGACCAGCGUGUUAUACUGAUUUCUGAAAACUGAAUGGUCAACUGUAACACAAAAUGUUGCCAACUUUCCAUUGGUCAGAUUAUUUGGUUUUCGGUAUUUCACUUAUUUGUUACUCGCUGAUUGGGAUUUAUCAUCGAUAUCAUGAUGUAAUUUUUGGGAAAUUAACUAAUUGUUUUCGUGGUAUCAACUUUCAACCAAAAGUGAGAAAGAAAAUGAACGUAGAAGAAUUAUUCUUAGGUGAUCGUAAUUUGACAUUGUUACCUAUUGUUGGGAGUGUAAUGGCCAGUUUUUUAUCAGCUGUCGGUAUAUUGGGCACUGCAUCUGAAGCUUAUCAAUGUGGUAUUCAAUUUAUAACAUUGGUUGGAGGUUAUUGUAUUGCAUUUCCAUUAGCUGCAUAUGUUUACAUGCCAGUAUUUUAUAAGCUCAGAUUGAACAGUGCUCAUGAAUAUUUAGAAAUGCGAUUUGGAAAACUUGUUCGAUGGACAGCUUCACUUGUAUUCUUAUUACAAAUGACAGUUUACAUUGCUCUUGCAUUGUAUGCGCCUGCUUUGGCAUUCAGUCAAGCGGUCUACCCAUUUGGAUAUCAAUAUUGUCUACUGGUUUGGUGGCUACAUUCUAUACAGCUUUUGGAGGUAUUCGUGCAGUAGUAUGGGUUGAUCUUUUCCAACUAAUUGUUCUCAUCAGUGGAUUUUGUUUAAUCACAUUAUUAAUUACUUUAAAAGUUGGUGGAUUCCAACGUCUAUGGGGGAUAGUAAUAGACGGUCAGCGUGUUCAAUCUUUCGAUUUUAGUAUUGAUCCUUUUAAACGACAUACAUUAUGGACUUUAAUUAUUGGUGGGACCGGAUUGGUUCUUAGUAUAUUCGGUGCUAAUCAAACACAAAUUCAACGUUAUAUGGCAUGUCGAGAUUUAAAAACUGCUCGAAGAGCUAUAUUACUAAAUAUUCCAUUGACAAGUGUAUUUUUGGCAGUACAAUUAUUCACUGGCUUAGCUAUUUAUGCUUAUUUUGCUGGUUGUGAUCCAGUAUUAAAUGGAUCUAUUAAACGUUAUGAUCAAAUAUUACCCUACAUAGUAAUGAUUUUAUUCGAUGGUGUACUACUUGUUCGUGGAAUAUUUCUAUCAGUUAUAUUUGCAGCUGCUUUAAGUACUGUAUCAUCAGGUGUAAAUAGUUUGGCUAAUGUUUGCUUAGAAGAUUUAAUUCGACCAUUGUAUAUUCAUUGGAGACAUGUGGAUAUUUCAGAAAGAUCUAAAUAUCGGUUGGCCAUAUUUUUAGGUAUUUUAUUUGGUACUUUAACUGUAUCAUUGGCUUUCAUAUUUACAUUAUCCAGUUCACAUAUUUUACAAAUAUCAUUUUCUUUAUUCGGUGCAAUUGGUGGUCCAGUUUUAACUGUAUUUACUGCUGGAAUAUUUUUUCCAUGUAUUAAUGCUGAAGGUGGAUUAUGUGCAUUAAUUAGUGGUGUUAUUUGUGGUUUAUGGAUUUGCAUUGGAAAUACUUUUAUAACUUCAAGAACUGAUAAUGAUCGUUUACCUUUAACCAUUGAAAAUUGUUCAUCGAAAAUUCUUCAAAAUAUAUCAUCAUCUAUUGUAACUGGUACAACGAAUACAUCAACUACUAUUACUGUUAAUAUUAUAAAGACGACAACAUGGUCAUUUUAUUCACUUUCAUAUCUUUAUUAUGCAGCAGCUUGUUUAAUUGUUGGAAUUCCUGUAGGAUUCAUAAUUAGCGCAAUUACAGGAUUUAAUAGUCGAUCACAGGUUAAUCCACGUUUAUUGGCUUGGCAGGCACGUUCAUUCUAUAGACAUUUUCCAAAUUGGCUUCCUCCACAAACAGCAAAUGAUCAGGAAUUUAAUCCAAUCUCUUCCACAUACAUUGAAAAAACAGAAAUUUUAGACAUGAAAUUACCUCGUUUACAAGUAGUCAACAACAACAACAACAACAAUUCCAUCAAUAGAAAAUGAUCAAUUAAAAGAUUCUACUAUUUGAUGUAAUAAUAAUAAUAAUAAUACAAGGAGACUAUCAUGUGAACAAUAGAGUAUACUUGACCAAUUCAUGUUUAUCCUUCAUAACUAUUUCUUUCAUCUUUUAUAUUGAUUGAAUCAUAUUUAUCAACAUAAAUAUGAUCAUUGAUGAAUACAAUGAAUCCGACUGUAAAGAGUGAACUAUAAUAUCGGUUUUUACUCAUUCCCAUAUUUUGUUUUACAUUACUCAUGGAAAUAGAAAUCAAAUAUUGGGAUGUUCAUUUGUUAAUAGAUUAUUUCAUUUUCAAACUACCAUUUAUUUUCAUAUAAAAGAUGGAU